UUGCUUUGCUUCCUAAUGGUCAUCGACGCCAUAUUUAAGUCCAGCUCGCCGUUGCUGCCAACACAGAGCGUCGAGUCUGCGGUGGAAGAGGGACCUCUGCUUCUCGUCUGUGAAAUGGCCUCGUUCGCACUGCGCUCGUGUUUUGUUUUGGCUGCGCUGCUGAUGGCAAGUUUUGUUUGUGGAUUGGGCCCCGUUGGACCAAAGCCAGGCCGAUGCCCCUCACCUAUAUCCCCGAACUUACCAUUCCCCCCUUGUGCUCACGAAUCGGACUGCCCAGGCACCCUUAAGUGCUGUCCAACGAGUGCAUCUGAAUUCACCGGUCGAGUGUGCAUGGAGCCCUUUUUUGGGUGACGCAACAGCCUCUCACUUUAAACACGUGGCUCGCUGAUAGCUCCGCCGAAACAUAGUGCCGCGUAUUUCCUAUUUAUAUUCAGUGUAAUAAAACAUUGUUUAUUGGACUUAGCGCUGCUAUUGUUUGUGUUUGUAUUGACUGAAUAAUAAAGGGAUAUAUAUAUA